AUGUCUUCAAUCGAGAACUCCGUUGAAGUUUCGAAAACUGACGAAGGUAUUACAACCAUAACCAUCAACCGACCACAUAGGCGCAAUGCAAUCGAUCAUCAUUCAACGGCCGAGAAGCUUUACCAUGCCAUUCUCGAUUUCGAGAAUGAUGAGACCCAAAAAAUAGGUAUUUUGUAUGGCGCCGGGGGAACUUUCUGGUCUGGAUUCGAUCUACAUGAAGUAGCUAAGAUAUCUACUUCUACUGCUAAAAGUAGGGAUGGGGAAGACGGUCGAUAUAAAGGACCCAGAUUCGACGUUGAAGCCGAUCGCGUUCAAGGCCGAAAUGCAGGUCCCAUUGGGCCCUCUCGUCUGCAAGUACGCAAACCCCUGAUCGGUGCAGUGGCAGGGUAUGCAGUUGCAGAUGGACUGGAACUAAGCCUCAUCGCGGAUCUUCGCGUCGCCGAGGAAAACGCUAUUUUCGGAGUAUUCUGUCGACGGUUUGGCGUGCCGCUGAUUGAUGGCGGCACCGUGCGGCUACAGGCCAUCGUUGGGCUAGGCCGCGCGCUGGAUAUGAUUUUGACGGGGCGAGCUGUCACAGCACAAGAGGGUUUGCAGAUGGGUCUUGUGAAUCGGGUUGUUGGUAAGGGCGAGGCAUUAGCUGAAGCUUUGAAAAUUGCCAGACAACUCGUCGCAUUUCCACAAAUGUGCAUGAGCGUGGAUCGGGCGUCAUGCUAUUAUGCUACAUACGAAGCCAGUUCCUUUGAAGAUGCAAUGAAGAAUGAAUUCAAGAACGGAAAGAGAGUUAUAAUGGAAGAGGGUGUUCACGGGGCAGCCAUGUUCGCGGCAGGCGUUGGAAGGCACGGAUCAAACAUAUAA